AUGAAAAGUUCUAACCCAAUCAUUGGUUUGGUGGAACAAGUAGCUGAAAGAAAAUUGGAUUUCCUGGAGAUCGACUUGAUUUUAAACUCUACUUUAGAUGACAAAAUCGGAGGGGUUUUUUCAUCAGAGAUUUCCCUCUCUGAUGCUCAGCGACAACAAAUAUAUCUUCAGAAAGUCUCCAGCACAGACUCAGACAGCAAACGUGAACAAGCCGGUAAUUCAGCAAAAGCAGUUCUCAAGAAACCUUCUUCAUCUACCUCUUCAUUUAUUUCUGACUCAAAAGUUGAGGAUGCUUCUAUUGAUUCAUCAGAGGAUGAUAAAUCAGAAUCCAGCAAUAAUACAACCAUUUUAUCAAAGCUUCAGAGAAAGUUUUCUAGAAAAUCCAAGGUAAGGCCAAAACUGCAAAAAUCUCUUCGAAACCCAUCAAUUUCAAGACCCUCAUCUCUGUCACUGUCCACAAACAUUUCCUCAAAUGAAUUUUCCAAUUAUUCCUUUGACGCUGUUAAGGACUUGAAUGCUAGAGCUAAUCAUCUUAAUUCCAAACAGUUACAAAAUGGCACUAAAGAAUUAAAUCUUCUUGAUAAUCGGCUUGAAGUUUUUCUCAAGAGUCAUAAUUAUUCAAUUCCUAAUCAAGUAGGGGAUUUACUGUUAGCCUCAGGACUACAACAGGCAAGUGAAAUUUCCACUGGUGUUUCCAAAGUUGAUGUCCUAGGUCGUCCAAUUCCAUCUCACCCUUCAAAAUCAGUUUUGCCCCCUGCUCUUAAACUUUCAAAUGACUCAAAUCCUGAAAGCCCUCAACCAAGAAGCAUUGUUGGGUCUUUUUUGCAUAGACGACACUCAGCAAGCACAACCAAUAAAAGGGUUGAAAAGAAAGGUAAUUUACUGUUUCUGUUAAGCGUUGAAUCCUUGCCUGGUUAUGAGGUGUUGCCUGAUUUUAAAAGAGUUUCAUUUGGAGGUGAUAUCUUUUUGAAUGACCCUCCUCAGCAGAUUCCAAGCAGACAUCCUCGAACUGGAGAAGUUGAAGUUCUAAAAACUGGAGAGAAGAUUAUACACAAGUUGAGUGCAGAAGAGAAAAACCGACUAACUCAUAGUGGUGGCGGAAUUGUUGUUGGUGGUUCGGGAAGGCUAUUAUCCAACACUUCUCUCUCUUCCACUGAAAAUGUUAUCAGAGACCCAGAGAAUAUCGAUGAAUCCGGGUUGUCUAAUACCCUUGCCCAGGUGUCCAUUGAUAAACCAAUGAUUCGUCAUAACAGGCCUUCAUCAGAUGCCAAUUCUGGAAAGUUGCUGAACAAGGUUUCUUUAGAUAUAUUGUACACUCGAUGUUGCCAUUUACGUGAAAUAUUGCCAAUCCCGGCCACAUUAAAACAAUUGCCUUCUGGUUCGUGCAAUAAAAUUAAAAUAUUGAAGUUCAAAAAUGCUCAGCCUUCGUUGAUUGAAGUUCUUACAUUUGCUGAUUUUAUCAGUAUUGCCCCCAUUGAAUGUAUAUCUUUAGAUGGCGUCUCUUUUAGUUAUGAAAUGUUUAAAAUUUUAUUAUCAUCUUUGCAUUUUAAAUCUGAUUUAAGAAAGUUAAGUCUUAGAAACACAAUUAUUGAUUUAUCUGGUUGGAAACUACUUUGUUGGUUAUUAAUGAAAAAUAAGUUUAUUCAAAGUUUGGAUUUGACACUGUCUGAAUUUUUAACCGUCUUCUCUAACAGAAAAAAAAAAAAAAAUCAAAACGCUUUAAAUGUCACUCGAAUGACUCAAAUUGAAUUUGGUAGGCCUUCUAUGGAUUGGUCAUUGUUUGUUGCUACUCUUAUUUAUCGGGGAGGGAUUGAGGAGUUAAUGGUCAAUGGGUGUUCAAUAGGAUGUUUUCCUGUCUUUAAAAAUUUAUUCCAGUAUGCAUUGACUCCAAAAUUAAAAUAUUUAGGGUUCUCUUUAGUUAGUCUUUCAGACUUGAUGACUGUAGAAUUCUGCAACUGGUUAUCACUACAUUUAUUUCAUCUUGAGAGUCUCGAUUUUGGCUAUAAUUCUUUUCUCACUAUCCAGUCUUCUCACCCCUCAAAUUCUUCCUCCCAUCAAAUUUUAGAGCUGAAAACCUUGAUUCAUUUUAAUAUAGCAUUGUUAAAAGUAUUAGAGAAUAAAGACAAUUUUAAGAUACGUCUAAAAUAUUUAUCCUUGAAUUCAGUGGUAAAUUUGUUUCUUAAUAAUAAUCGAAAUGAGUUAAGUGAUUGUGGAGAAGUUUUUCCUAAAUCUGAGAUAAUUAAACUUAUGUUUUAUCUUUCACAAUUACCAAUGUUGGAAUAUUUUGAUUUCUCAAAUAAUCCAGGUUUUUUUAACCAUUAUUUCGAUAUUUUUGUGAAUUUGCUUUCUUCUUUUAAAUCGCUAUACCGAGUUGAUUUGAACUUUAAUAAUUUUUCUCAAGAGCAAAUAUUAACUCUAUGUGAAUUUGUACCAUUUUUCACUAAAGUUGGUUGGAUUUCGUUGUUUGGUAACAAUAUUGAAAACUGGGUGGUUUCUUCAUUGGUAAAAAACAUGAAUUUAUCUCUGAGUUUCUUUGGGACUUUUUUUGAAUAUCAAAAUAUUUCGACAACACUGAGGAAGCUUCUCGCCUCUCAUUUACUUUCCAAAAUCAAUCGUGCCCAUAAGUCCUUUAAUCAAGGGUUCCAAGAUAUGAUCGAGGCUCUAUCACCUUCAAAUUUAUCUGCUUAUAUUCCCAUGACUAUUUCAUCAUCAACAAAAAAAAUUCAUAGUUAUUUUGAUCAGGUUUUUACAACUUCUCUUGAUCUACCUUUCAUUCUUGGCCGAUACUUUUCUCUCAAUGAUUUGAAAAAUGUCGAGGAAUCUAAUUGUUCACUGGAAAGUCAUAACUUCAAUGAUUUAUUGAAAAACAUCACUGAUCGGUAUCGUGGAUUCCUAUCGGAGUUACUGGUUUUGUACUUCAAGGAUGAAUUGGAUGAUUUUGGAAUCAAGAUCUUUAUUAAAUUAUUUUUAAUGUAUAUUUCUUUGAUGAGAGCAGCGAAAAUUCUUGAAAAACUUAAAUAUCAACCAGAACUAAAUAAAGACCUAAUUGCUAUUUACACGACUAUUUUUAUUUCCAUUCCUGGUGCUAGUAUUCCUAAAGCUUCUACAAAACUACCUCUUGUUAAGAUUGUGCAGAACCCUAUGGAAAAUGGUGAUGGAAUCAAAGAGGCUGCCAAUCACAAUUUAAUUUUUUGCUCACAUUCUAAUAUAAAAGAAAUUCUUUUCCACAGCCAGAAUAUUGGUAUAAUUGGAUAUAUUCUAGGACUUUCUUUGGAAAAUGGUGAUCCACUAUUUUCCAUUUUUCGAAUGAAAAACAAAAGUGAAAAGUUAUCAAGUGAUUUGCUAUAUAAAUCAAUAGUGGAUAAAUUUAUUGUUAUGAAAAAUGGAGGAAGUCCGUGA